GCAGUGAUAGGCAAUGGCACAAGUUAAGAUGCAGACUACAGCAAACCUGUCCGGACCUACCAUGUCCCCUAUGGUGCUACCCCUGCCAGUUACAACUACAAAUACACUGGGUCUGCCGUCCUCAAUGAACGGAUCCAUUUCGGAAUCAGCCGCCAGCUGUAGCAGUCCCACUGCUGGCAUUGGCGAUCCUGCGCCUUCUAGCAACUCACCAGCUCCUCUCCAAGAUAACAUGGCAAACCCCAAAGAGAAAACUCCAAUGUGUCUGGUAAAUGAGUUAGCCCGUUUCAAUAGAAUUCAACCCCAGUAUAAGCUUCUGAAUGAAAGAGGGCCUGCUCAUGCCAAGAUGUUCACAGUGCAGCUGACUCUCGGAGAACAGACCUGGGAGGCUGAAGGAAGCAGUAUUAAAAAGGCCCAACAUGCUGCUGCUAGCAAAGCAUUGAAUGAAACUGCCCUUCCCAAACCAACUCCUAGACCACCCAAAAAUAAUGUUAACAAUAAUCCAGGCAGCAUAACUCCAACAGUGGAGCUGAAUGGUCUGGCUAUGAAAAGAGGAGAGCCUGCCAUCUACAGGCCAUUGGAUCCAAAGCCAAUUCCCAAUUAUAGAGCAAAUUAUAAUUUCCGGGGCAUGUAUAAUCAGAGGUAUCACUGCCCAGUGCCUAAAAUUUUCUAUGUGCAGUUAACUGUUGGCAACAGUGAGUUUUUUGGUGAAGGAAAGACUCGUCAAGCUGCUAGACAUAAUGCUGCAAUGAAGGCCCUUCAGGCUCUCCAGAAUGAGCCUAUUCCAGAAAAAUUACCUCAGAAUGGAGAAACAGGAAAAGAGUCAGAAGAAGACAAAGAUGCAAACAAGUCUGAGAUCAGUGUAGUAUUUGAAAUUGCUUUGAAGCGAAAUAUACCUGUCAGCUUUGAGGUAAUUAAAGAAAGUGGACCUCCUCACAUGAAGAGCUUUGUUACACGAGUUACAGUAGGAGAAUUCACUGCAGAAGGAGAAGGCAACAGUAAGAAACUCUCAAAGAAACGUGCUGCAAUGGCUGUCCUACAAGAACUUAAGAAACUUCCUCCUCUUCCUGUCAUUGAAAAGCCAAAACUUUACUUUAAAAAACGUCCAAAAACAAUAUUGAAGACUGGACCAGAAUAUGGUCAAGGAAUGAACCCCAUCAGUCGUCUGGCUCAGAUCCAACAGGCCAAAAAGGAGAAGGAGCCAGAGUAUGUUCUUCUUUCAGAGAGAGGAAUGCCUCGCCGUCGAGAGUUUGUUAUGCAGGUAAAAGUAGGCAAUGAGAUUACUACUGGAACAGGCCCAAACAAGAAAAUAGCUAAAAGAAAUGCAGCAGAAGCAAUGUUGCUACAGUUGGGUUACAAAGCCUCUACUCCUCUUCAAGACCAGCCAGAAAAGCUUGGAGAAAACAAGAGUUGGAAUGGCCAGAAUGUUGGGUUUCCUGAGCCAACAAGUAACACACCAAAGGGAAUACUCCAUCUCUCUCCUGAUGUUUAUCAAGAGAUGGAAGCAAGCCGCAACAAAUCAGCCCCUGGUACCACUGUAAGCUAUUUGUCGUCCAAAGAAAUGAGCCAGACUUCUAGCUCUUUCUUCAGCAUAUCUCCCACAACAAAUAGCACAGCUACGAUUGCCAGGGAACUUCUCAUGAACGGAACGUCCCCAGCUGCCGAAGCCAUAGGUCUAAAAGGAAUAUCUCCUGCUUCCCCCUGUUCUGCAGUGCAGCCUUCAAAACAGCUGGAGUAUUUGGCAAGGAUUCAAGGCUUUCAGGUACACUACAGUGAUAGACAAAAUGGCAAAGAGUGUAUGACCUGUUUGACACUGUCUCCUGUGCAGAUGACUUUCCAAGGUAUCGGAAGCUCCAUUGAAGCCAGCCAUGACCAGGCAGCGUUAAGUGCCUUGAAACAGUUUUCAGAACAAGGACUGGAUCCAGUGGAAGGGGCUAUGAAAGUUGAAAAUGGAUCACAUGAAAAACAAGUCAAGCAUCUGGGAGAGAAAGCAGACAAUAAACAGACUAACUCAGGCACCAUCGCUCAGGACUGCAAGGAUUCAAAGGCUGUCGUCUAGGAGCUUCCCAGCACCCACGGCUGCCACUGCAUCCUUAUAAACCUGUCAACACGCAAUAGGGUGUAUGUGUACAAGGAAAUGAAUGACUAAUAGCAUUAUAUGAGUCUUAUGUGAAGACAACACUAUUCUAACACAGGAGUUAGUAUACAUGGUACUGUUUAUUCAACUGUGGAAAAAAAUAAAAUUGAACAUUUCCCUU